AUGCUUGCAAAACUCCAGCCAGGCGUGAUCUAUAUCUUUGUUGAUAAGGCACUCCUUGGUAAUUGGGUAAGCGAAUGGGGAAAGUUCGUGGAUCCCACUUAUGCUCUGAUUAAACAAAUGGAAUUUGUCAUGUGUCACAGGUCUAUCUUCAAGAGUAUGGAUACUCAGAAGUUUGACAAGAAGUUUGACAAAUGGAAGGAUGGAAAUCAUCAUGAAGCCUUUAUCCUGCCUAAGCAUCAUCUAAAGACCUGGCUUGAGCUAAGUAUUAUCUGGCAGUCUGGCAAGAUCACCCUAGCUGACAAGAAGGACUUACUGAUAUUCGAAAAUUGCGAGGUCCAUCUGCGGCAUAGUUUGUCCAAGACCAGGCUGAAAGGUCAGCUACAAAGAAUCACCAUCCAUAAUAUCCCCAUCGCGCGGACAUUCUGCGACGAGUGCUACCUUUCCUUUAGUGACAGCAGCCCCAUUGUCUGUAUUCUCGACAAGUUGAAGGCAUGCUGUAACCCGUAA